CGGGAUGAUUUACUUAAGAGCGGGAGAAAGAAUAGCGAUUACUGUUCAGUGAUCAGUGACUGAAGCCAUGAGCAGUUUGUUAUCGAUGAUAAGAGAGACGGCGCGAAGGAGCAUCAUUAGUACUUCAUCACACUGCAGCUCAGGGUGACUCACCAUGACGACAGAGCUAGGUGAAGCCCAGCCCACAGAGGCGGAGUCUUUCCCUGAAGCUGCCAACCACUCCACACCGAAACAGGGUGAGAAGGGUGGGGUGUCCCAAGCUCAGGGCUCCUCGGCAGAGGACUCAUCCAGUAACCUGUCGUCAAGCAGCUGGAUUGCUCGCUCUCCUGCUAGAAACCCACUGAGCUUUAGAACAAUGCAGGCCAGAGUGACCCUGCUAGAUGGCUCCAUGUUCACCUGCACCGUGGAGAAACGAGCUCGAGGUCUGCAGCUGUUUGAGAAGGUUUGUGAACACAUAAACCUGCUAGAGAGAGACUACUUCGCUUUGUCCUUCAGAGAUGCUGACAAUAACAAGAACUGGUUGGAUCCAGGAAAGGAGAUGAAGAAGCAGGUCAGAGGUGUUCCCUGGAACUUCUCUUUUAAUGUGAAGUUUUACCCUCCUGAUCCUGCACAGCUGUCUGAGGACAUCACCAGGUACUUCCUGUGUCUCCAGCUCAGACAGGAUAUAGUUUCUGGUCGUCUUCCUUGUUCGUUUGCAACUCACACCAUCCUCGGCUCCUACACAGUCCAAUCAGAGCUUGGAGACUAUGAUCCCGAUGACUGUGGUGCAGACUACAUCAGUGAAUUGUGCUUUGCUCCGAAUCAAACUAAAGAAAUGGAAGAGAAGAUCACAGAGCUGCACAAAACCUACAGAGGAAUGACUCCAGCUGAAGCAGAGAUGCAUUUCCUGGAAAAUGUAAAGAAACUUUCCAUGUAUGGAGUCGACCUCCAUCAUGCAAAGAUGAUAGGAAGCGGCUUUGUUUGCCUGUCUUCAGCUAAGUCAGAGGACUCAGAGGGUGUGGCCAUUAUGCUGGGUGUGUGCAAUAGUGGUCUGCUGGUCUACAGAGAUAGACUGAGGAUCAACAGGUUCUCGUGGCCAAAGAUCCUGAAGAUUUCGUACAAAAGAAACAACUUCUACAUCAAGAUCCGACCAGGAGAGUUCGAGCAGUUUGAGUCCACCAUUGGUUUUAAGCUGUUCAACCAUAGAGCUGCUAAGAGACUCUGGAAGGUGUGUGUGGAACAUCACUCCUUUUUCAGGCUAUUAUCACCAGAAGAAACUCCUAAGAAGUUCCUGACUCUGGGUUCAAAGUUUCGUUACAGCGGUCGGACUCAGAUUCAGAGUCGCAGAGCCAGUGCUCAGAUAUCCAGACCAGCACCGCAUUUCCCACGAUGUAUCAGCAAGAGGAGCAUGUUGAGCCGCAGUUUAGAUGGAGCUUCACAGACUGGACCUACCUCCUCUCCGAUUGUCUCUCAAGCCAUCACAGCUUCCCCAAAAGUCAAUGGUGGCACUCACACAGAUAUGGGUUCUGGGCUGUAUGGAGCAUCUAAAGCCAUCGCCAUCAGUGACCUCAUCACAACAGUAACACCUGAGAAGAGAAUGGAAGAGAGCAGUGAAGUUCAAGUUGAGGAGGUGCAGGAAGUGGAGAAUGUGAAUGAAAUGGAGCAAGAGGAGGAGGAAGAGGAAGAGGAAAACAAAGAAACAGAGAUUUCACAGCAGAGUACUCUCACUCCUCAGAAAAUAGACACCAAAACUGAGCUAACUGAUACUGCUGUGGACGAAGACCUGACAGCUACUGAGUCUGACCAAGAUGAAGAUUUGAAAACUCAGGGUAGUCCUGAGGAGAUGCAGAAACCUCAGAGCACCAUCAGCGCCCUCAGACGCUCCUUUUUAGAGGGAGGAGAAGGAGAAGGAGGAGGAAUGACAGAGUGGGAGAAGCGUCUGGCCUCGUCACCUCUCCGAAGGGUCGAUGACUCCCCAAUGAUUGAACCUCUGGAGCCCGAUGAGGAGGGCGGGUUCAUGACAAACCAAGCUCCUCCUCGGCCAUUCAAAAAGAAGAGCUACACAGUGGGGCAGACUUACUGCACAGUCUCUGGCAGGGUUUUUACCAUGACGAUCAUGGAUGACAGCUCUGAUGCUACCAUGACAACAGCAAGUGUCAAACCCUGCCAACAAGUUCAACACAUUUCACAGCUCACUGCUGACGAUGACAUCACAGAGGGACCGCUGAUUGCCAUCCCUGAGGUAAAGACUCCGACUUCACCUUCGGACCUGCCAGCUGUUGACAACAGACAAAUGAUUAGUGUGGCUGAAGGUCUCGACUUCUGUGGGGCCAGAGUCUCUGUGAAGUCCUUCCCUGCCACCCCUACAUCCUCACUGGACAAGCUAAGCCCCAUCUCUGGCAGGAAAUCACCUUUCAUGGCAGCAGUGCCUAAACCUACAUUUGAUGAUAUGUCUCCUGAGCUGACAGCUCUGCUGAAAUCAGCCAGAGAGCAACAAACCUUCAGAGAACACGACCUGCUCAAGACUUCAGAGAAGGUGGAGACAAUAAUGCUGGUGACAGAGCCACAUGACGAGGACGAGGCAAUGGUGGACCAGCAAAAGGUAGCAAAAGAAAGUCAUGUGGGCAUGCCCUUUAGUAAUCUACCAGCCAACCCAGCAGGUGUUGACGAUAGCACACAGCAAUGGGCCUGUGACAGUUUUAAUGAUGGUCGGGCUAAUAGUCCAACAAGUGAUGAUGAUGAUGAUGAUGAUAUUAGCUACGAGCCCAGCAGCCAGGCUAGCGAUGACAAUGCUAGUGAGAUUAGUGAGGAUGCCGUCAGUGUGCUGGUACAGGCAGCAGUGGAGGAGGCCAUCGAAGCUGCAGUCAGAGAGACUCAGGCCCCCAACGCUAAUGACACUAAUCAGGAUAACAUUAACAACAAGAUAGCAGUUAGCUUUUGUGAACAGGAGCAAGCUAGCUCUGUCCUGGACUCUCAAACACCUGGGACUCUGCAUUACACUGACAACGAAGACUCAGACGACUCACAGGAAGAUGAAGGAGGGUGGCAGUUUGAAGAAAACUCCCCUCCGCCCUCUUUACUCCAUCCCACAUCCAGGCACUUGGCCCAUCAGAUGCAACCAUCUGCCCACAGGGAUGACGAUGAGUUCAAACCACUACAGGAGAGCCAAGUAGAAUCUGAUACUCCUGCUGGUCUGCUGCUGAGCUCACACAGCUACACUACCGAGACCUCCAACACCACUACCACCACUCACAUCACCAAGAUGGCAAAAGGGGGGAUUUCUGAAACCAGAAUAGAAAAGAGGAUUGUGAUUUCUGGAGAUACAGAAGUUGACCACAACCAGGACUGAAUCUGGACGCCCAAGGGGUUUAGUAUAGAGUGCAUUGCCAGAAACAAAACUGUUGGCUGCAGCAUCCACCGAGCAUGGAUGAACUGAGGAUUUGGACACACAUUCAUGCAUGGACACACAUAUAUACAGCAUCGCCUGCCUAUCUCACAGGGGGUGGAACCAAUGGCUGAGUUAGCAUUAGUUCGAUAGUGUGACUAGAUGAGUAGAUUUAACUGAAAGUUUCACAUGCAGCGCAGAGAUGGGAGAGAAAGACGUGUUUCCAUAGCAACAGACAACCUACACUGGACCUUCACUAUGAAUCAGCUUCUGAAGCAUUUACUUAUAUAAGCCUUCCCCCACAUCUCAUUCCCCAACACUCUAAGGUGGGCAUCUGAUUGGCUAGCUGACUCAGGUGUGCUUGCUCCUCUAUUGUUGGGAGACAGCAGCUUUUCAAAACAUUUAGCCUGACAUCUGAAAGAUAGUGCUUCGAGCUUUACCUGUUGAGAAACUUGAUGCGUACUAUCACCAGCUGAUCAAAACAGUUUCCUGUCUAACAAGAAAAAACAGCUAAAACUCUGCUUUGAAUUUACCCAUAAUGCAAUAGUAAUGUGCCAUUCGCUAAACCUUCCACGAAAAUGACGAUGAAUCAUUCAUGUGUGUGUGUUUUUGAUUUCUGUAUCCAUUUAUUUAUUAAAUUACAAACUGAUCACAGCCCCUGA